GCCUGUCCUUGCUUGAAGGCUCUUCGCGUCAAUGACUGAUACAAUAUGGCAUGGUUAGACAGCAUCAGGAAUGCUGUAUCACCGUCGGCUGAGCCGAUAAAUGCCCCGGAUGAAGGAUACGAGGUGAUUCGUGGAGAAGAAGGGGACGAGCUGGUCCACUCGACGGAAGCUCUUCGGCCCAUUCCGACCACUUCGAAGGGCGUACAUGUCGCCUUCUGGACGCUGGGGGCGGGCAUCUUGCUCAGUUGGAGUGCCCUGAUAUGCUCAUUCCCGCUGAUGAGUCUCUUCUUCCAAGAGGGAUCGACUCGGACCAACCUUGCGAGCUAUCUCGGUACAUUGUACUGCUUUGGUAAUUUCGUCUGCCUAGGGUUGGCGAGAAACAACCACAGCGCGACCUCGCUCAACAACAGACAGUGGUUCUCUCUCAGCCUCCUCAUGACUGCGUGCGUCUUCGCUCUGCCCGCCAUAUGUUUCAUUCCUUUCAACUUUAACGAUCCAUUCGUGCCGGCGUUCCAACUCUUUAUCAUCACCGUGUCCUUGUCUGUAGCCACCGGGAUCCUUCAAUCCACCGUCUUUGCCCUCGCAUCUCUCUGGGGCUCAAACUCCGUCCUCGCGGUGAUGUCUGGUCAAGGAGGUGUGGCGGUCCUGGUAUCAGGUUUUCAGCUCGUCGUGUCCAUCUUGGCAGCCUUUGGCCCUGGAUCUCGGGACGAAGGCAGCGUAGGCGAUCCAUCGAGAUCAGCGACUGUCGGCGUUUGGCUCUUGGUGUUUGCAGGUACUCUCGGUUGCAUGGUUGCGCAUCGAUAUCUCUUCCGACAUCCAGACUGCCAUCUCGUCCUCGCCCCGUUACUAGCACGAGAAGAUGGUACCGAGACCCAGGCAAAGGGUUUCUUCGGCGAUCAAACAUCCAGGUCAGUCUUUCAGAAGAAUAUCCGCCUGGAAGUUGCAGUAGCUCUCGUCUUUAUCAUCACCUUGGCUGUCUUCCCGCCCGUCACCAGCACAAUCACAUCGGUGCGGUCUCCUCCACCUAUGUUGCUACAAGCCUCUGUUUUCAUACCGCUGCAUUUCUUCAUUUUUAAUGUCGGAGAUUAUAUCGGUCGAACAUACCUCCCCGUCAUCCCAAGAUUAAUGAUCACGGAUCCAAGCAAAAUCCUCUGGCUCUCCAUGAGCCGAGUGGUGUACCUGGCUCUCUUUGCUUGGUGCAAUGUCAGCCCGGGGAAUGGACGAGCCCCAUUGAUCAAUUCAGACAUGGCUUUCUUCGCCAUUCUGCUCAGUUGCGGCCUGACAAAUGGGUGGAUCUCAUCCCUCAGUAUGAUCGUCGCCUCGUCACCCGCGCUGAAUCCCCGUAUAACGGAUGCCGAGAAAGAUGUCGCUGGGAAUCUGGCCGCCUUCAGUCUUGUAGGGGGACUAUUAGGAGGCAGUCUAUUGAGCUUUGUAGUCAAUUGGGCAAUCCGAGGUGACCCGUUCAGCUCGGGAUAGAGCUUCAAUGUAUC